AUGGAGAGCGUGGUACAGCCUUCAGUGUUUGUGGUGGACGGACAGACGGACAUCCCAUUCAGGCGACUGGGACAGAACCGCAGGAGACAGCGCUGCGGCAUUGCCCAAGUCAACCUGGCCCUGAUGUUGCUGCUGGGUGCUGGGCUGGCUACGCAGGGCUGGUUCCUACUGAAGCUGCAUCAGCGUGUUGGGGACAUAGCUCGCCUGCCCGAUACAGACACAGACUCCUGGGAGAAGCUGACACAAGAGCGGAGGUCUCACAAGGCCAACCCAGCAGCACAUCUCACAGGGGCCAACGCCAGCUUGAUAGGCAAGGGUGGACCUCUGCUAUGGGAGACUCAACUUGGCCUGGCCUUCUUGAGGGGCCUAGAGUAUCACAAUGGGGCCCUGGUGACUACGGAAGCCGGAUACUACUAUGUGUACUCAAAAGUGCAGUUGAGCGGUGUGGGCUGCCCCCAGGGCCUGGCCAAUGGCCUCCCCAUCACCCACGGACUGUAUAAGCGCACAUCCCGCUACCCCAAGGAGCUAGAACUGCUGGUCAGCCGGCGGUCACCCUGCGGCCGAGCCAACAGCUCCCGGGUCUGGUGGGACAGCAGCUUCCUGGGUGGAGUGGUACAUCUGGAGGCCGGGGAGGAGGUUGUGGUCCGUGUGCCUGGGGACCGUCUGGUCAGACCCCGAGAUGGCACCAGGUCCUACUUCGGAGCAUUCAUGAUCUGA